GUUCUUGUUGUCAUCUAUCAAAAAAUAUAUAUUUUUUACUUUUCUUUGUUUUAUUUUUUUAGACUUUAAUAUUAUUUGCUGUCUUCAAAGUUUGUUUAAUGUAUACUAAUCGAGAAUAAGUCCAACACUUUAUAGAGGUGGAUUUAUGUAACUUUAAUUAGAAGUCGGUAUGAUAAUUAAGUAUAGUGUAAUGUUUUCGUAAAUAGUGAACAUUGAACAUUUUCUCGGAAGAAAAUGAAUAACUCUAACUCAUCUCUAGCUGAAGGCAAUAGUGAAACAACUUGUGACACAGCUCAACUAAUUAGUAAUGAUGAAGCAAGUACUUCUAACUAUGGCCAACUGAACAAUCAUGAAAACUAUCAGGAUACAGAGGAGAAUGAUUUGCAUGGCAGCCAUGGAGUCAGACGGAGACAGCCUAUACAAAAAAUUGAACCGGGCUCAAUGAAUAUUCUCUCUGCAAAAUAUGAAAGUCUAGAUUAUGAUACUUGUGAAAAUCAUUUAUUACUUGAUGAAGAGAGAAAGAGGGGUUAUCCAUUUAUAGUAUGGAAGGACAUGGCCAGGUGGUUUAUAAUCAUGUUAAUUGGUAUGGUGACAGCACUAAUUGCCUUCAUCAUAGAUAUAUGCAUAGAACAAUUUUCAGAUAUUAAAUAUAUGGAGCUUAAAAAGUUUGUUGAUAAAUAUGUACUGAUGGACAAAUUAUAUAUUCCCUAUUUGUUAUGGGUGUUAUCAAAUGUCUGCAUUGUAUUUAUUGGAUCAGUUCUAGUCGCCUAUGUAGAGCCUGUAGCAGCUGGUAGUGGUAUUCCACAAGUGAAAUGUUACUUAAAUGGUGUGAAGGUGCCACGGGUAGUUCGUAUAAAAACUUUACUUGUGAAAACUGUGGGCGUCAUCACUGCAGUAGUUGGUGGAUUGGCAGGAGGAAAGGAAGGCCCAAUGAUACACAGUGGUGCUGUAGUAGCAGCUGGCAUAUCACAGGGCAAGAGCACCACCCUCAACAGAGAUUUCAAAAUAUUCCAGUAUUUCCGCGAAGAUCAUGAAAAGAGAGACUUUGUAUCUGCAGGAGCUGCUGCGGGUGUGUCUGCAGCUUUCGGCGCUCCCAUAGGUGGAGUGCUAUUUUCAUUAGAGGAAGGUACAAGUUUCUGGAAUCAGGCAUUAACAUGGCGGACAUUUUUCGGUACCGUAGUUUCUACGUUCACACUAAAUGUUGCCUUGUCUGCAUAUCAUGGUCAUCCUGGAGAAUUGAGCUACCCUGGUCUCUUAAAUUUGGGAAAGAUGGAACCAUUUCCAUUUCAAUUCUAUGAGCUGCCCGUUUUUAUAUUGUUUGGGGGUAUUGGCGGCUUUCUGGGCGCCUUGUGGAAUUAUAUAAAUUACAAGCUUGCUGUUUUUCGAAUAAGAUACAUAACAGCGCCGUAUUUACGUGUAAUAGAAGCGUGUCUUGUGGCAGCCGCGAGUGCCACUUGUGGUUUCCUGAUGAUGUUUUUACUAAACGACUGCAGACCCCUUGGUGAAGACCCCACCAAAGUUCCACUUCAGUUGUUCUGCGCGGACGGCGAAUACAACGCAAUGGCGGCGAUCUGGUUCCAAACGCCGGAGGCUUCGGUGCGGUCGUUCCUGCACGAUCCGAUCGGCUCGUACCAGCCGGGCUCGAUGCUAGCGUUCGUGGCUUGUUACUUCCUGCUGUCCACGUGGACGUUCGGUCUCGCCGUAUCCAGCGGUCUGUUCAUACCUAACUUGCUAACCGGCGCUGCUUGGGGGAGAUUACUAGCCAUAGCUAUGCAGGCUAUGUUACCGUCCUAUACUAUAAAUCCCGCAAAGUAUGCGCUAAUAGGCGCGGCGGCACAGCUCGGCGGCGUGGUUCGAAUGACUAUAUCCCUUACUGUCAUCAUCAUAGAGACUACGGGACAGAUAUCCAAUGCGUUACCAAUCAUAAUCACACUGGUAGUAGCUAAGUGGACUGGUGAUUUCUUCAACGAGGGCAUCUACGACAUCCAUAUACAACUAGCGGCCGUACCAUUGCUGCCUUGGGAGCCGCCGCCGUUGACGCAUAAUAUAUACGCGUCUGAGGUGAUGUCUCACCCGGUGUUCACGCUGCGUACUGUCGAGAAUGUCGGACAUAUCGUCGAGCUACUCAAAGUCGUGACCUACAACGGAUUCCCCGUGGUAGACCCCCCAUUGGCGGACGAUGCCGAGGUUACAACAUAUAAAAGGCUCCGAGGACUGAUACUGCGCAGUCAGCUGAUAGUUCUGCUACAAAACAAACUGUACAAUGAAAAUGCUAACACCACUUGGUCCAAUUUCAACGUGAAAAUGAACAUGUUCAGAAGAGAAUACCCGCGGUACACGUCAAUCGAUAAGUUAGAAAUAUCAGACUGGGAGAAGACUUGCACUAUAGACCUGCGACCUUACAUGAAUCCGUCGCCGUAUACACUUCCGCAUCGUGCGUCGCUGCCGCGGCUGUUCAGGUUGUUCCGAGCGCUAGGGUUAAGACAUCUGCCUAUAGUCAACGAUGUCAACGAGGUGGUUGGCAUGGUGACCCGUAAGGACAUUGCCAGAUAUCGUGUUUGGAGACACCGGGGACAUAUGGGCAUGGAAGAAUUGCUGCUCUCUAGUGAAAUUUAAAAUUAUUGCCAUUAUAUUUGCCUGAUUUAUCGUUGUAUGUAGGCUCUGUGAUCUUGUUAAUUAUUAAUAGGUAUAUAAUGUAUACAUCACCUAUUGACCAGCAUGGUUUUUUUACAGAAAACUAAUGGCCUGUAGACUCCAUGCCGUUUAAUUUUUAAUUUAACCUUAUGAUAUUUUUGUGUUGUGUGAAUGAGGCCUAAAUUUCAACAUAAACAUUUUUUACUCCAGAACAAUACCACAAUCGUAUACUAUCACAUCUGCAAUAAAAUUUUAAAUUAGUGUGACGUGUUAUGUAAUUUUCUAUGUUUACAAUUUGCAGAGAUUUUUACAUUUUCAAAACUCAGAUAAAUGGUAUCUCAUGUUAAGUGGUUAGAAUUUCGCGACAUCUAUUAUGUUUUUACUAAUAACUUCUAUUAGUGGUUAUUUAGAUUUUUCAUAUAAGAAAAAUGAGAUUAGGGCGUGAAGGAACAGUAUGACCGCUUUAUAUCUCUAGAUAUUAAAUCAAAUAUACAACCAAAGAAUGUAUUCGAACGUUUAGUAUUGUAUUUAAAAUUUGUACUUAUUUUUUUGGUCAACAUAUGUCUUCUUUCUAUCUAUAUCUUACCUUAAUGACUUGUUCUGUUAAAUGAAAAUUGAGUAUAUCCCAACAUUCCAAGGAUAGCAAUUAAAUGAUUUUAUUGAGUGACUAGAAAUAAUUAUUUAUUUAUUUUUAAGCUUCAAUUAAUCUAUUGUUUAGUAUUAUAUAUUUUAGACAAUGGAAACAUAAUCUACACGUGUUUCUGUAUAGAAACAAGCUUUUUUGGUCAUUAUUAAAAAGGAAACUACUAUUUGAUUUGUGUUCAGUGUAGGUAUAUUUUGUAAAUUAAAUUAAUAAUUUUUUCUUAUGAUAAAAUGUUAACUAUCUCAUAGUCAAUUAAGUAUGAUAUUUAUAUUUUUGUAUGCUAAAUGAAUUAUGAUAUUCAAUGUGAU